UUUUGAGCAGAGGGGCCCAAGCCGGGAAAGAAGUAGGAUGGGGGCUGGAGCGAGCGCCGAGGAGAAACACUCCAGAGAGCUGGAGAAGAAGAUGAAAGAGGAUGCCGACAUUGAUGCGAGAACCGUCAAGCUACUGCUGCUAGGCGCUGGAGAAUCAGGCAAAAGCACUAUUGUCAAACAGAUGAAAAUUAUCCACAAAGAUGGUUACUCACUUGAAGAAUGCUUGGAGUUCAUUGUCAUCAUCUACAGCAACACCCUGCAGUCCAUGAUGGCCAUUGUGAAGGCUAUGAACACAUUCAAUAUUAACUUUGGCCACGCUGAUCAGCAGGAUGAUGCCAGGAAACUCAUGCAUCUUGCAGACACCAUUGAGGAAGGCAGCAUGCCUAAAGAGUUGGCGGACAUCAUUGUGCGCCUGUGGAAGGACUCUGGCAUACAAGCGUGCUUUGACAGGGCCUCAGAGUACCAACUCAACGAUUCUGCGGGAUACUACCUGAAUGACUUGGAGCGACUGGUCACACCAGGCUACGUGCCCACUGAGCAGGAUGUGCUGCGAUCAAGAGUGAAGACCACUGGUAUCAUCGAGACACAGUUUUCCUUAAAAGAUCUCCAUUUCAGAAUGUUUGAUGUGGGUGGCCAAAGGUCAGAGAGGAAGAAGUGGAUCCAUUGUUUUGAAGGUGUGACUUGUAUCAUCUUCAUUGCUGCUUUGAGCGCCUACGACAUGGUGCUGGUGGAGGAUGAUGAAGUGAAUCGAAUGCACGAGAGUCUGCACUUGUUCAACAGUAUCUGCAACCACCGCUACUUUGCCGCCACCUCCAUUGUGCUCUUCCUCAACAAGAAAGAUGUGUUCGUUGAGAAGAUCAAGAAGGCUCAUCUCAGCAUGUGCUUCCCUGAAUACGAUGGCCCGAAUACUUAUGAGGACGCUGGUAUCUAUAUCAAAAUGCAGUUCUUGGACCUGAACCUGCGCCGAGACAUCAAAGAAAUCUACUCUCACAUGACCUGUGCCACAGACACAGAGAACGUCAAGUUUGUGUUUGACGCCGUAACAGAUAUCAUCAUCAAAGAAAACCUGAAAGACUGCGGUCUUUUCUAAGAGCAGUGAUGAGAAACCCAACGAAGGGUGAUGUUGUAGCCCUGUCACAUUCCACAAAUCCCCUCUCAAUUCAAACUGAGGACCGAAGAUGAAAACUAUCCCCUCAAACCAACGAACACAAAAAAAAAAAAAAAACUGAGACCAGAAGACACCUCUUCAGUCAGAAAAUCCUGUGCAGAUUUCAGAUGAGUUGAGUGUUAGUCAAGCUAACGUUUCUCAUGAGUCUCUUGAACUCAUCUUUUGGAGGGCUAUGCAAUCUGUAGUUAAGACAUCAAACGCUUCAGGUGAGGAGUGAUUUCUUCUCACAUGGACUAAUGUGAAUAGAUGUCAGGCUAAUGCAUCUUUGCUCAACUAACUGGUCAGCAUACAGCCAAAAAGCAAACGAGAGGACCUCACCACCUGCAGAAGCACUUAAACCUGUUAGAGAUUUUAAAGAAAUUGUCACUAGAAAUGGCUUUUAUGUACAGAAACUCUGCAGCACAAUUUGAGACACAAUUCAAACAGUUAAGAAACGGAAUUUUUAAGAUUUAGAAAAUGUCACUUUUUGCCAUAGUUUAAAAGGGCCAGUGUAAAUAAUUAAACUGUUUUCUAUUGGACAGUUCCUGAAGUGUGGCGAUACCCUGUGGAUCUGUACCACGGUAGAGUGAUAGAUGAACUUUAACUAAAGGCAUUUGAGCCAACUAUCCUGUACAGAAACAAAUGUUUGUAAACCUUGACUAAACAUAUUAAAGCUUCUGUAGAAAACUGAGUACUUUCCCAUUUUUCACCAAUAAAAAAACAACACAGCAAUGUCUUGUUCAUAAUCAGUUAUUUAAUAUUUC